UCUGACAUAUGUGCCCAGAACCUGGGUCUUUUUUUCCCUCCUAUCUUCCUUUGUAUUUGUUCUUGCUGAUCUGCAUUCCUCCCAGAGAAGCCCGCAAGCGUCUGCAUGACAGGUGUGCAAAUCUACCUACCACCACUGAAUCAUCACUUCUAUUGUACUAACAACGACUGUUGUAUGCUAGCUUCUGCCAACACCAGAUAGAGGUGCUCCUAAUCAACCAGAUCUUUUGGGGUAGUUUUUUUUUUUUUUUUUGUUAGAAGAAACCUUGGUGGGUAAAAGAUGUGCCAUGGAAUGGUAGCACCAAAGAGCAACACAGGAUCAUCUCUUGCCUUGACUAGCCAUGGGCUGUUUCUUCUACUAGUUAUCUUUGGUAACUUUUUUUUGGAAGCACAGGCCACAGGUUGGCUCAGCAAAUCCAAAGGACCUGCAUAUUGUCCCCAGCCACCGCAACCUGAGAAUGGAGGCUACAAAUGCCACCCUAGUCCCUGCAAUGACCCUCUGACUUCAGGCAGUGUCAUAGAGUAUCUGUGUGUUGAAGGCUACAUGCUGAAAGGAGACUAUAAAUACCUGACCUGUAAGAAUGGAGAGUGGAACCCUGCCAUGGAAGUUAGCUGCAGACUCAGCCCGGAAAAGGACUCCCCGCCAACGAUUGGAGUACCUACGCUAUCCAUAGUAGCCUCCACAGCGAGCUCUGUUGCUCUGAUUCUUCUCUUAGUUGUGCUGUUUGUUCUGUUGCAGCCAAAGCUGAAGUCGUUCCAUCACAGCAGGCGAGACCAAGGUGUGUCUGGGGAUCAGGUCUCUAUCAUGGUGGAUGGUGUCCAAGUGGCCUUGCCAUCUUACGAAGAAGCAGUGUAUGGCAGCACAGGGAACUGCAUUCCACCCUCGGACUCCCGGGUGCAAAUUGUGCUGUCAGAGGGAGCUGGGCAGAACGGAACCAGAGAGAUGCAGCAACAGGACCAAGGGGUUCGCAGUAGCCUUGAUAGAGAAGAUGAAGCCCCCGGACACUCUGGACUGUGUGAAGCUAGUGGUUCUCAGCGUUCUGAAACUGUUCUUGUGCAUCAGGCUGCUACCUCUUCCUGGGUAGCUGGGAUGGCUAGCAGUAGACCUGUACAGAAAGAACUCCAAGACUCAGAAAGCAGUGACAUACAGAGCCUUUUAUCACUCACUUCCUCUGAGGAAUACACAGAUGAUAUUCCCUUACUGAAGGAAGCAUGAGGCCUGCUGUACGUGUCUAGCCUUCUUGCUCUUGGAUUUCUUCCUUCUCCCCUCCCUGCCUUCAGGACAGAAGCACUCUGUGCAGCCUUCCCCAUCCUCACAAGCUGUGCCCUGGAUACCUCUAAGCAGAGAUGCCCUCAGCUGAAGAUCCAAAGGAUGUUGCCAGGUUGCCUCCUGGAUGCACCAGUGGGGUUGGUGCAGCGCUGGCUUCCCCAUUCCAUAUGCAUCAGAGACUCAAGGGACGUGGUGGAUUUGAGCUCUCCUCUCCUUUUCCCCAGCCAGAUGUUUGACAGCAGUCUCUGAAGAGCUGCUCUUUUCUUGUGCCUUUUUCCUCCUCACACCGGCUUGUUGCAGCUUGGCAGCCUCUCUAGCCCUUCUGUUGCCCAGAGAGCAGGGGCAGAAGCCAUUUGCUCUCUGGGUGCAGACAGUUUAUAUAUACAUACAUAUGUUAUAUAGGCUCUUCUUCCAGCAUCCUCUUUAUAACAGAGCAGGACAAACCACCUCACUGGGACUGACACUGGCCUGGAGAGGGAUCCCAGGUAAGAGGCAGCGUGUGAUAUCUAGGAGCGCCUCAAAUGAGAUAGGCUGCGAGGCAGCUUAGCUGUGCAAUAACAGUUGAGAUUUGCUAGAGUACUGAAGGCUGAGAAGUCCAAAACAUAGGAAAGCCCUCUGCCCCCUUUUCAAAACACACCUCUACAAGAGCCCACUCCUGAAAAAUCACUUUUGUCUCCUUCCUUCACUACUAAUGCAGCCCACUUGGUUAAUGCUGUGUUUCUGGAGGCUGUGAUUGGGACUAUACUGAUGAUAAAACCACUCUUUCAGCUUUGGUCUGGUGCCAGAGCAGCUCCUGAUGUUAGAUUGUGGAAGAGCCUUGGGAAGUGGCCAGUGGAAAGUGUGCAGAAAGCUCAGAGGCUCUGACUUUCUGUUUUUAGGCAUCAGGAAUGGAACCAAAUUUGUGGCCCUGCUCUUCUGAAUAAACUGUGUGUCUUACAGAGCUUUUCCAGUGAAGGUGGUUCUGCACUAAUGCUUACGUUCCUUUGGUCAGAUCUUCAGGCAGAGGUAAUGCUUUCAGAUGUAAUCUGGAAGCAGUUCAUGUGUUUGAAAUUGUCAAGAUAAACUUCCCCAUUGGUGGUGAAUACUUAGUGCCAUUGGCGCAGUCCCAAGUUACCUUCCCAGCUGCAUUAGGUGUUUUGGUACCUGAGCCCUCGAUACCACCUAAGAGGCUACUGUAUAGCAAGUGUCUGCUGUUGUGUCCUGACGGGCUUCAGUGGGCUCACAGAGAAGGGCUGCUUCUUUUUGGCUUGGGGUCAACAGCACUUACAAGGUCUCUUCCAAGUACAACACAGGUGGCCUGUUGCUGCAAGAGAAUGUUGGCUACACUGACCAGAGGUUACCACAGCUUAAUCCUGAACAUAAAUUGUGAAGAUCACUUUAAGUUCUGGUAGCAGGGAAAAGAAAAUCAAAAAAUAUGUAUACCUCUGCUCCCUACAGUUACCUACAGCAGGUCAGAAUAUCCUGGUUGCUGUUAAGGGGACUUCAUUUUUUGCAGCAAAUCUACUUCAUUUGGGGUAGGUGAUCCAGUCACAGAUCUGAGCUGCCUCUUUAGAGGGAUGGUCUGGAAACUGGGUUCCAUGGAACUGGUUUUAUCAGGAAAAGUUGGCUUCUUAAAUGCAGGUAUGUUGUCAUAACCAUCCUGAAGUAGCCAGAGAAGCAUGAGAAGUUGCUAAAUUUUCAUUUGAGUUGAAGGAGCAAAAUGCCACAGCCUUAUAUGUCAUGUGGCAAUGAACAGGUAAAUGGGGGUGCUCUUUGCUGCUUUGCUUUUGUUUUACUGUCUUCAUCCUUGUUGCUCCAAGAUCAUGCUGUCAGACCACUUAGUAAAAGUGACAUAAUACCUUAAAAAUAAAGUAAUAUUUGCUGUGGCUUAGCUCUGGUUCCUGGAAAUAGGGCUUGGCUGCAGUGUCUGGCCCUGCACCUGCUGUUUCUGAUUAGCUGCUUAAUCCUAGGGCAGCUGGGUCAGUGCGUGCCUGUGGAUGGAAGGAUCAUUUUUUCCUCAUCCCUGUUCAGAGGGAUAUUAAUAAUUUAAGAAUGCAGCAUUUUAAGUUUCCUUCCCUGUUGCUCAUGUUAUCUUUCAGUAACACGAGGACUUGAUAAUCCAGUUUGGGUGGUUUGAGUAUUCUUUUGUUCAGUUGAAAUGAUGAAAAUCCCAUGUUGUUUUACAGUGGGCUGUUUUGUUUUGUAUUCAAGGACUAUAGAGUGAUAAUGUUUACACAUGUUAUUGACAUUUUGGAAAAUAAGAGUGGAAAUGUUUAUAUUUAGUUUUGAACUCCUACCUUAAUAAUUAAAAUUGUCUCUUUCACUGGUUUUAUCAGGGCAUGUGGAGAGACUGAGCAACUGCAAGGCUGAGGGGGAGAAUAUGUGACUUUUCUAAGUCACGUAUUUUCUAAGACCUAAUCAGCUCAGAGCAGGAGUUGCUCUUAGAUUCUUAAGGACCUUCCUACUCAAACCUGAGCAAUCAGGGAAUAGAAGUUAGGCGUGUGCUGCCUUCCUGCAAGGAGCAGUCCUUUUGGCUCAGUACCGGUUUGGUGAAAGAACCCCUUAAUGAAGCUGGAAGCUGAUUGCAAGGCUGACCUUGCCCUGGAUGAGUGCCUGCUCAGCUAGCAAAAAGCACGUACUGUGUGGUCCUGCCUCUGCUCUCUGCUGUUAGAAAGUAAGCAGCUGCCAGCUUAGGAGAAAAAAAAUUCCGUUUGGGUGGGAAGAGAAGGAAGCUGCACAGAUGAGGGAGUGCUUUCAUUUUGUUUCACUUACAGAAAUUAUGGAAAACAGCUUUAGUAAUUGGGAAAAAUAUGCAGAGGUAGGAGGAAAACAAGCAAGCAUAGGUCUUGUGAUCAGGCACUAACAGUCAGCCUCUGUUUGUCUGCUUGGGGAUGAAGCAGGAGCUCCCAGGAUGCUUUAUAUUUUCAUAUAAAAGAGGGUAGAAUGGUUGGGGGAGGAACCUAAGCUGCGUUUGCAACUUCUUCCAAAGGGGAGAGGGAUUAAGGACGUUGACAUUUAUUGGUCAACGAGUGAUUGUUACUUUUUUGUUCCUAUUCUGUGGAGGAUUGGGAAGGCCUUGGGACAGAGGUUUAGGAAGAUUAACUAAGCUGAAGAAUCCUAUCUUCUCUUUUGAGAGCAAGGGCUGACAUGUAAGGAUCCCUCAGCCUGAGCCCUGCUCUUGCAGGGUGUUGGUCGUCUCUGAGAGUGUCCCAAGGAUUGCUGUCACAGGGAGGUCUCCGUGUGCUGAUGGGGUGUGCAGGGGCUCAACCUCACAAGAUGCAGCAUGGUGGGUGUCUUGCUUUGGUUUCUUUUCCACCUUUUUUCCCACCUACACCUGACAAAAAGAAUUCAGAGGGAAGUAUGUUUCUUAUUUUAUGUCCCUGACGUAAUCAUCUUACAUUGUGUCAUUUGUGCUUGGCCCCAUGAAAUGCAAGAACAUUAAAAUGAAUUACAGUGGAAGAAUAAAAAUAGCACUUUUUACUUUUUUUUUUUGGUAGGUUAUUUUGGGGUCCAAUAUUUAAAAAAUAAAAGGGCAAGUCAGAAAUUUAAAGUACUACGUGCAAUAGAAAAAUGAGGACAAUUGCAAGGAGCAGAGCUUUGAGGGAGCAGCAGGCUGGGCUGCUGGAAGUAACCACAUGUUAGUUAAGUGAUGUGCAGUGCAGAAUAGGGAAUACAGGAAGGGAUUGGGGUGGGUGAGGAAGAGCUGUGGCCAAUAAGAGAAGUAUGCUGCAGGCUAAUGAUAGCCAAUGCCUUUAUGACCAGGUUCUAAGGGAGUUGUGCUUUGUCUGGAUUUAGCAGGCCCCUAGGCUUGCUGGAUAAAAGUAUUAAUGUACAACUAGUAGGACACUGAGAUCUCCUUGCUGACCUUGGAACAGGCUUGCAAAGCCUGGUUUUCAUGUUCCGAUAGAAGUUGUUCUAUAGAAUCUGCCUUUUUAUUAUCUCCAGAUAUCAGAUUAAAUUGAUUUCACUUUCUGGUUUCUGUAUAUAAACGCAAUAAACCCCUAACCAUUUUCCACAUUGACCUCACCCCAGCCUCAGCCUUCAGCCCUUCCCAGGGAGCUGCACAUUGAACUUGUUCUUUGAGAAAACCUUUCUUUGCCUAAGAACUUUGUUUGAAAAAAUUAUUCUCUAUGAAAUGCUUUGAAACUGCAUAGAGGUUUCCUACAGGGGGCUUCAUUUUAAGGCAUAUUUUUAUACAGGAGAUGAGCCCUCCUCCAGUUCUUCACCCCUGCCCUCCCAGCUAGUUCAGAGCAGGGUGUUUCCCACACAGUUUCCCACACAGUUUCCCACACAGUUUCCCACACAGUUUCCCACACAGGCCCUAUGUUCAGCACUGCUUCAGGUGGAUUGCUGCAGGUUCCCUACACAUCCAUGCCCACCAGAGCAGGGUCCUGAUGCUUUUACAUUUCUUUUCGUAGGCUCUGCUUUUGGUUCCAUCCUGAGGUAGGCACGGACAGAGGCAAUGGAGUUGUGCUGGAAAACGUUUCGGUUCUGAUUCUCAACUUCACUUUUUUUUUUCCCCACUCAAAAAGAACAGAAAGCUAAGUUGCCUAGGAAGCAGCUGUGCUGUGCUGUGGUGAGCGGACUGCUGGUAGCUGCUGGUGCGAAUGCAAGGAGAGCUUGGUUGCCUUUGGUGCAUUAAUCUUUUUUUCUUUUCCUGUAUGUGUUUAUUUUUUUUUAAUUCUGUAUUGCACCACUAUGGAAUUAUUUGCAGAAUGGUACUCCAUAUGUAUGUGGGAUUAAAAACAAGACCAUAAUUGAUACUGUGCAGGAUGUCACUCAGUCAGUUCUAUUUUGCUUUAUUUUAUAUAUAUUUUCUGGUAUCCUGUACAUUGCGGUGGGUGUGAAGAUAGUAUUUUAAUAUUUGUACAAAGUUUAAUUUAAUUGUUCUCUGUAUAUAACUGCAUUUCUAAAUUAAAAAAAAAAAAGUUCUUUUGAAGUGAA